CUCCCCUCCUGACCCCUGCCCCUCCCCUUGUCCCCCCACCCACUGCCCGACCCCGCCACCAUGGCUUCCCCCGGCACCCAAACAGCGAAUGCCAUCGCUGCCAUCACCAAUCGUUCCAACCUUGUCAUCCCAGAGAUAGACUUUACCCAGCACCAGCUUGAGAAUGGAGAGAUUGUCAGCACCGAGGAACGGGUCGUCAAAGAUGUCCAAGCACCAGCCAUGUAUGUCCCCACCGACGACCAAUUCUUCUCCAAAACCGACAAGAGCAAACCCGAUAUCGCUUUCCUCAAGAACCACUUUUACCGAGAAGGAAGAUUGACAGAGGAACAAGCACUCUACAUUCUCGAAAAGGGUGGAGAGAUUUUGCGAUCAGAACCCAAUCUACUCGAGGUCGACGCCCCCAUCACUGUUUGUGGUGACAUUCACGGGCAAUAUUAUGACUUGAUGAAGCUCUUUGAAGUUGGAGGUAACCCAGCAGACACCCGAUAUCUGUUCUUGGGUGAUUAUGUGGACCGAGGUUAUUUCUCCAUCGAGUGUGUGCUCUACCUGUGGUCGCUCAAGAUGUGGUAUCCGGAUACCCUCUUCCUUCUCAGAGGCAACCACGAAUGUCGGCAUUUGACCGACUACUUUACCUUCAAGCUCGAGUGCAAACACAAGUACUCUGAGACGGUAUACAAUGCCUGCAUGGAGAGCUUUUGCAACUUGCCGCUGGCGGCAGUUAUGAACAAACAGUUCCUCUGUAUCCACGGUGGCUUGUCUCCAGAGCUCCACACUCUUGAUGAUCUGCGAUCAAUCAACAGGUUCCGCGAACCACCUACCCAAGGGCUCAUGUGUGAUAUCCUCUGGGCCGACCCACUGGAAGACUUUGGUUCGGAAAAGACCAACGAAAACUUUUUGCACAAUCACGUUAGAGGUUGUAGUUACUUUUUCACCUACAACGCGGCAUGUCAGUUCCUAGAGAGGAACAAUUUGCUGUCUGUAAUCCGAGCCCACGAAGCUCAAGAUGCUGGUUAUCGAAUGUACCGAAAGACAAAAACAACGGGAUUCCCUUCAGUCAUGACCAUCUUUUCAGCACCAAACUACCUUGAUGUCUACUCCAACAAGGCUGCCGUGUUGAAGUAUGAGUCCAACGUCAUGAACAUCCGACAAUUCAACUGCACACCUCAUCCUUACUGGUUGCCCAACUUUAUGGACGUAUUUACUUGGAGUUUGCCGUUUGUGGGUGAAAAGAUCACGGACAUGUUGAUUGCCAUCCUCAACUGCUGCACCAAGGAGGAACUCGAGGAAGAAGAGGCCGAGCUGCCAAUCGCCGCUCCCGAGACCCAGGUCUUGGACCCCGAGUCUGCCGCUGAGCGUCGCCAGAUCAUCAAAAACAAGAUUCUCGCCGUUGGCCGAAUGUCGCGUGUGUUUUCGCUUCUGCGUGAAGAAUCUGAACGAGUCUCGGAACUCAAGAGCAUUUCUGGGUCCAACACUCUCCCUGCCGGUAUGCUGGCGAGCGGUGCCGAGGGUAUCAAGGAGGCCAUCCAAGGCUUUGAGGAUGCGAGAAAGAGCGAUAUCGAGAAUGAAAGGCUGCCUCCCGACAUUGUCGACGUGCGUGCCUUGUGCUAUUGGUGUUUGCGUUACUGAUUUGACUGUAGCCUGAUGAGGACAAUCCUGCCUCUGCUUCUCAGUCGCCCAGCAUGCCUGCCACGCCCGAAGAGCUUCCUGACGGGUUCCGCGAUUCCCCCAUCAUCCCGCCAUCUACCCCCGUGCACCAGGUCGCGUCGCCCGGCGGCGCCGGUUCUCCGGGCACACCUGGCACCCCUACCUCUCCCCACAUGGAUGUCUGGCGUCCCGGGCACGGCCGCCGUGUCAGUCUGGGCACGACCAAGACGUCGCCGUCGACGAGAAGAAGGAGUCUGGAGAAUACGAUGCACCUUAUCCGGGACGUGGUCGGUGGAAAGGAUGCGGGGGGUGAUGGUCAGUUGGAGAGGGUCGCAGAGGUCAUCUCGAGCCCCAACAAGGAGAAGGGUGGAAAGUAGACUAUGACUAUGGGUGCCUGUGUCCUGUAUACCCUAUAACGUUUCUACCCUCCCAUAUGAUUACCACGAAAUUAUCCAGACUAGCAAUGAUUCCUUCCCGUAUGGUCGUUUUUGUAUGAUACGUUAGUUUGCCCUCCGGCCGUUUCGGCACGGCGGAGGAUGUGGAUGCAUAUACGAUUGGCACGCU